CAUGCAUUCACCCUUCAUUUCCACAUGUAAUUUCAAGAGCUCAUCACACAGUCCAAUUCCAAUAAUACAUUCUACAGUAUCAAAAAGAUCAGAAGCUUCUACUUGUCACUAUCCUUUUGUUGAGUUUGUGGACAGAUAAGAUAAUAAUAAUAAUAAUAAUAAUAGUUCUACAAUAAUGUCGUAAGACAGUAGUCCUCCUUUGCAGUAGCAGCAGAUUGCAAACCUAUGCCCUGACGUCAUGGUCUCACAGUACGUGGAUUUUUCCCAGUUCUACUAUAGCCAAGAUAAUACGUAGUAUAUAAAGAGGGGAUAGCUUAGCUCUGGACACAACACAACUCCAAGCAAACAAACCAUCCAAUUAACAAUGGCAGUCCUAACACAGCAGCAGCAGCAGCUCCAUUUCAUCUUGAUCCCAUUCAUGGCUCAAGGCCACAUGCUCCCCAUGAUAGACAUAGCGAGACUAUUGGCACUCCGGGGUGUUAAGAUUACCAUCCUCCUAACGCCCCACAAUGCUGCCCGAGUCGAGCCCGUCAUUUCUCGGGCUCAGGACUCUGGGCUCUCCAUCCAAGUCAUCCACCUCAUCUUCCCGUGUGCCGAGGCGGGGCUACCAGCGGGAUGCGAGAACUUUGACCUGCUGCCCUCUUACGACAUGGCAGCGAAAUUCUUCGACGCCACGAAGAUGCUCCGACCGCAGGUCGAGGAGCUGUUGGGAGAAGUGAAACCCUCUCCCAACUGCAUCAUUGCCGACAUGUGCUUCCCGUGGGCAACCGAUAUUGCCCUGAAGCUUCACAUCCCGCACAUAGUUUUCCAUGGGAUGUGUUGCUUCUCGCUGGUGUGCGAGCACAACUUGAGAAACUGGGACAGGCUUGAAGGCAUGGAGUCUGACUUUUACUUUGAAGUGCCCGGGCUGCCUGAUAAGAUUGAGAUGACAAAGGCUCAGCUCACAAAUAUGGCUACCCCACACUCCAAAGAAUGGGGGGAGCUUUUUGACCAGAUCAAAGAUGCAGAGAAUAAUGCAUAUGGGAUAUUGGUGAACAGCUUUGAGGAGCUGGAGCCGGAAUACAUCAAGGAGUUGGAGAGAGCGAAAGGGAUACACGUCUGGACUGUUGGCCCUGUUUCUCUGUGCAACAAGGUAGAACCAGACAAGGGUGAAAGAGGAAACAAGGCAUCCAUUGAUGUGCACCAUUGCUUACAAUGGCUCGACUCCAAGCCAACCCGCUCUGUCCUCUUCGUCUGCCUUGGCAGCCUUUCCCGCUUGCCAACCCCUCAAAUGGUAGAGCUUGGUCUUGCCCUUGAGUCAUCCAAACGCCCCUUCAUUUGGGUCAUCAGGCACGUCUCUACUGAGUUCGGAAAAUGGCUUCAAGAAGAAAAAUAUGAAGAAAGAGUAAAAGGGAGAGGGCUUAUCAUCCACGGUUGGUCUCCACAAGUUCUCAUCUUGUCUCACCCUUCUCUUGGGGCAUUCGUCACUCACUGCGGAUGGAACUCGACCCUCGAAGGGAUCACUUCCGGUCUACCAUUGGUCACUCUGCCGCUAUUUGCAGAGCAAUUCUCGAAUGAGAAAUUUGCAGUGAAUGUGAUCAAGACGGGAGUGCGACUUGGAAUGGAGAUUCCAGUCUUGUUUGGGAUGGAGGAAACGGUAGGAGUCCAGGUGAACAGAGAUGAGAUCAUGCUGGCUGUCGAGAAGGUGUUUGAUGAAGGAGAGGAAGGUGAUAUGAGAAGGAGAAGAGCGAAAGUGCUCCAAGAAAGGGCAUGGAGAGCAGUGGAAGAAGGAGGUUCUUCCUCCAUCAACAUUGCCAAACUCAUUCAAGAUGUUGCUGGUUGGAGAGAAGCAUGUUAGUUAAUUCAUCAGUUAUUGUAUUGCUUUCCCCUUCAUUUUCAUUUUCAAAAGCAUUGUGUCUCUACUCAAUAAAACAUUCUAUUUUAAUUUUUAUCUAAAAACUAUAUAUGCUUUAG